AUGCCGGCGCGGCCGGGGCCCGGGGGGCGGCUCGGUGCGGGCCGCGGGCGGCCGGAGGAGGCGGCGGCGUCCGAGGUCACCGGCGGUGGCGGCGGCGGGGCCGGUCAGCACGCCGGCGGGCUGGGCUCCUGGGCGGGCGGCCGCGCGCCGCACCGGCAGCCGCCGUGCGGGUCCAUGGCCUGCGGAGGCAAGCAGAGAAGACUGGGUGACUCGGGGCUCGGCCCCGGGCGGCUCGCGCGUCUCCCCGGCACACACGCGCGCCCGGAAACCCCCGCGCACACGCACCCACCCGGCCGCGCGCGGCACGGAGAGCUUGGUCGAGCCGGCCGCGCCGCCUUGUCUCCGCGGCCCGCGGGAUCCUGCGGCGAGGGCGCCGCGGCGAAGAGGCUGCAGGCUCGGCUGGCGGGACUGGGCACCCGCCGCCCCCACCUCCAGGUCAACGCCGGGACCCCGAGCUGGCUUCCCCAAGCCCCGGGCGCCCCGCGCCGGCCGCCGGCGUCACCUGGUCCGCCACGCCGCAGUGCCCGGGCUGCCCGCCCCGAGCCCGGCGCUUCCCGACAAGCUGGAACAAUCACCCCGCCCCCCAAUCGAAUGCGUCGCGGAUCGCCCACCGCGGCUCGGAGGCCGCGCGGAACGCCUGGAGAGUCUGCAAUUGUUGUCUCUCAACGCCCCAACCGGCCCGGACUUUCUCCCUCCGGCGCAAGCGGGAAGCUCGCCGAGCCCAGGCCGGUCUCCGCGCGCCGGGGCGGCCCCAAGACGCGGAGUCUGCGGCGCGCGGCUUGGGCCCUCCUGCUGUCCGCGGCCCGGUCCAGCGGACCUUCGGCCGCCGCAGCACCCCACCACCCCCCCUUCUGUGUUCCAGGCCCACCCGACACGGCGCGGCCGGUCCGAGGCGAAAUCAGAGACAACUUGAGACGCAGGCCGCCCCACAGUGACAACAAAGCGAUUAAGAUGUUUUCCACUUGGUGACUACCAUUUUAAAUUGCUACAUUUACUGCUCCGGGUCUAACAACAUCUUAUUUGCAGACUGUUUUGUCUCUGAUUUAAUCUGUAACCGAAAACAAUGUAUUAAAUGAAUACAUAUUUGCUCAACUGAUAAGUUUUUUAAAUAUUUAUUAGGAGGGCUUUUGCACUGUAAAUAAAUGGA